AUGCCUCUUGGCCGGCAUCUCCGCUGGCCCAGGAAGGCGUGGAGGGGUUGUCCACCGCCGGAGGCCCCUGGCCCUCUCUCCCUGCCCCUGGGCAGGACGCCUUCCUCUGUAGGGACCAGUGCCGCCUCCGAGCGUCUCCUUCCUGAUGGGCCUGUUGACCUGCAGCUGGGCUCACCAGCUCCAGCGCUUUUCGGGGGCCAGGCAGGGGACACGCGUGAACCCAGGCUGGGCGCGUCCUGCGGGGCGGCCCCGGCAGGCUGCCUUGGCGUCAGGACACCUGGGUGGUGGGGACUGGGGUAA